AUGCGUGCAACUAAGUUGUUGUCGACACAAAAAAUCCACACGAUCAUUCAACAACCAAUUUCCCCUGGAAGUGACUCAAGUAAAACCCCAAACGCUUCUUCAACAUCAUCGACUCCAUCUCUCCCAACUUUAACAUUUGGUCAACUCUCUAUUCCAGAUCUAAUGGUCAUUGCUUUACAACUUGACCAACCUACAACUAAUAUCUUCUUUUUGAUAUCAACAAAGUGUAAGUCAGCAAUCCAUCGAUUGAAGACUAACUCAUUUUAUGCUCCACUUGAUGUGUUAAAGAAAUACUUCCCAGCAAUGGAGACGCUUGCUUUGAAUCUUCCACCACAAAUACCAAAGACUAAAUAUAGAUACAACAUCAUAUCAAAUGCAGUCGACUUUUUUAAACCAAUUGCUUCAUAUGAAAGACAUGUCACUGUCUUACAUUUAAUAGUACAAACCAACUCGCAAAUCAUGUUGCGAAGACUCAAAAACAUUAUUACACUUUCACUUGAUUUCACAAGGGUUGCACUCUCACAAUAUGAAGCAGUCUUAAUCAGAGAGUCCAAAAUGUUCUCUCCUAAAUUCUUGAAGGCGUUCUUCAUAUACUGCCAAGCUAAAGACGUCAUCUCUGCAAAGAAAAUAGUCGAAGUGUAUAGUAAGAAGCUUAUGAUUAAAGUCACUUUGAUCGUCGACGGACUCGACUUUCAUCUUCGGGACGUCGACGCGGUGUUGGAUAACUCAAUUCCCGAAUUGAAAAAUAUAGUGGUCUUGCAGAAUGAAGGGAGGUACAUUAUAACAUCAGCAGCAGUCAAUGGCUUUGCAGAGUACCUUCCACUCAAUUUAAAAAUAAAAGGGUGCGACGAAGUGGAGUUCAUAGAUCUCACAACUUUCACGUACUUGAAUUUUUGUUCUAUUUACCAACAAAAAGGAACACAACACGUCUUCCUCCCACCACAAUUGAAAUCGCUGAAGUUGGAAGAGACUUGUGACAAUAUUGUGAAUUACACAACAUGCAAUUUGAAGUCAAUGUUCCUGUCAAAUUGCACGUUGUUGCAAACAAAGUACCCAGUCACCCUCCAAAAACUAUCGAUACUCCACUGUUUUACAUCUAACUUUGUGUUACAAGAAGGUGUCGAUUUACUGUCGAUAUCAUAUUGUAACAACUUAAAGAACAUCCAAGUGCCAAAGUCACUCAAGAAACUCCAAUUAGUGAAUUGUAUAGCACUCACUCUAAUCAGUUCGUUGCAGUCCGGCAAUUUGACUGAACUUGAAAUGACGUACUGCCCCAUUUUAAAAGUUGUGAAUCUACCAAGCACGUUAAAAACAUUUUCAGUGACUUCAUGUGAAAAACUGGAGCAAACACUCGACUUGGAAAAGAUUGGAAUUACCGAGUUUAAGAUUGUCUCGUCGCCAAGACUUCAUAUCAGUUCUUUUCCCGAUUCAUUGAAAAAGUUGCACUACCAAGACUACACAGGUAAAGUACUUGAAUUGAAUGAGGGAAUUACUGAACUCAAGUUGAGCCAUUGCGAAACUUUAGAAGCAAUUUAUUUUCCAGGCGAUUUGAAGUAUCUGAAGAUAUACAAAUGCCCUUCUAUUUCAUUUGAAGGUAUUCAGAACUUGGAGAUGGAGAGUCUGGAAGUCGAAGGGGUCGACAGAAUCGAAGAAAUUUUGAUACCCCUUGGACUGACUCGACUCUUCUUUGCAGACUGCAAAUAUUUGAAACUGCUUGAUGGAAUGUCAGAUCUGACCAAUUUGAAAGAACUUUUGAUAACUACAUGUCCGAUGAUUAAUAACAUAUUCUUGCCAAACACCAUCACUAAAUUGGAGUUGUCGAAGUGCAAGUCGUUGAGUAUUGUAGAGAACUUAGAAAAGCUCAAAAUCAAAUUCUCGGAGUUAGUGAGUGUAUAUUACUUGCUUGAAAGUCCAAUUCUUCCAUUACAAAUAAACGACUUGAUAAUAGAGGGUUGGCUCUGUAAAGACUUACCUAACUUACAGAAUGUCCAAACAACAAAUUUGACGAUCAACAAUUGCUCUUACUUAUCACAAAUUAGUCUUCCAAAUAGUUUAAAAAUGUUCAAUUGCAACGGGUGUAAAACCCUUCAAAAGAUCAACAUUAAAAAUGCAAAGAUAGAAAAUAUUACAUUAGACUCAUGCACUUCACUGAAACAUGUACAAAUGACAACUGAUUUGACUUAUUUGGUCGUCAUAGACUGCUUUGGGUUAUCAUUCUCGAAAUUACAGAAUAUCCCAUUGAAGCACUUUGGCGUCGAGAAUAUCACAACAAUUAAAAGUAUUAAAAUUCCGUCGACACUCAAUACAUUACAAGUCGCAUUUUGUGAUCGGUUGACCGAGUUAAAGCAUUUAAAGUCGGUUUCUCUCAAAGAACUUGCAUUGAUUUCUUUAUUCAGUCUUAAAACUGUGACCUUCCCCACUUCAAUAACAAAUCUGGUGUUAGAAAAUUGUGACAUGUUAAAGGAAAUUAAAGGACUCAAUUUGUGCGCAAUAGAAGAGUUGAAAAUCAGUGGACUUCUUUCUUUAAAAGCUCUUUCACUACCGACGUCGCUCACAAAAUUGAAUAUGAAUAUGUGUGAACAAAUCACAAAAGUUGAGGGAUUGGAGAAUUGUAAAAAGAUCAGUUCAGUGUACUUCUUCAGAUGCCCCAAACUGAAUUCCUUCACAUUCCCAAAGUCACUCAAGUUGUUGUCACUUGAUUCUUGUAAUUCACUGACAUCACUCAAUCUUGAAACAUACGAAAUUACAGAUUUGGAUAUUUCAUUAUGUGAGGAACUCGUCGAAAUCACAUUUUGCACGACGAUCACAAAUUUGUCGGUGUCGUCGUGCUUCAAAAUUCGAAGUGUCAAAAACAUCGAAAAGCUUGAUGUGAGUAUCGAGUCGUUAUUUGGUCUUGUUAUUAACACCACACACCCAACACUUCCCGCGUCUUUUGCAAAUGUCCAGAACCUCAUUUCUGCAACAGAAAAUUACAUUGAGAAUUCAUCAAAUGUCGUCUAUUCAAGUUACUCCCCACAACUCUCACGUUCUAAAUCACCAAGAGGCGACAGAUCCCCAAUUUUGGACUCUCCCGUCUUUGUACAACGCCCAAUUUCACCACUUAAAUUGUCGCGAUCACCCAGUCCAAAUUUCAAUAGGUCUCCAAGUCCUAUUUUGGUGAGAGCUAUUACCCCGACAUUCAAGAAAAGUACAUCGCCAAGGUCAUUUCACCCAUCACCACUCGCUUCACCAACACUCGAAAUGAAUAAUAUAUUCACCAUUUCGAACUGGAAAUGUGUUGAUAUCACUAACCUUAACACUUUUGAGUUUGAGGACUUGUACGUGUGUAACUGCUCAAAGAUCACAAGACUCGACCCACCUACUACAGUCACUAACUUGAUCAUUGAGUCAUGUAAUGCAAUUCAAACGUUAUCACCACUCCCUAAAUUGGUGAAUUGCUCAAUCAGAUUUUGUUCUACAAUGAAUGGACUGUAUGUGCCAAAAACAUUGACGCAGUUACAGUUACUCCAAUGCGAAGAACUCAGCGAAUUGCAUGGUCUUGAAAAAGCAAAGAAAUUGGCCGAAUUCUCGGUAAAAAGUUGUAACAACCUCCGCUCUAUUGCACUCCCAAAAAAUUUGAAGAAGAUAUUUGUGGAAGACUGUGAAAGACUCAAUGAGUUGAACAACACGGUGAACGCAAAAAUAGAAGAACUCUUGAUUGAACAUUGCGACUCUCUUGAGAUGAUCACAGUGCCAUCUACACUAACUAAAGUCACUAUAGAAAAAUGUUAUUCCCUCAAGCAGAUCCCUGAUAUCUCAAAUAUCUGUCCUAAUCUCAAAAAAAGUUGCGUCAAGAUCGAGUAUUGA